AGUGCCGCCUCCGUUAUCGAGGCCAUUAUGCCGAGCUCUGUCUCUUGCUCUGGCCGUGGCGAUGAGUGCACCACCGCAGCGGUGGCCGGACCCCUUCUGGCGGACGCCAUGACCACCUACAGCAUCACCAGCGGUGUCGAGCAGGCCGGUAUCCUGGCCCUCAUCGCGUACGAGUCCGACGAGCUGCAGUACAAGAAGAAUACGAACCAGGACGCCAACCUGGGACGCGGCACGGCCAACGAGCAGGGAGCCGAGUACAACAUCGACUACGCCAACACGUUCUCUGAGCUGGCGUCCCAGAACCCCACGGCCUCGACGGUACUGGAUCUGGUCACUGCUGAUGAAUACAACUUCGGCACUGGCGCCUGGUACUACAGCAGCCAGGAUGCGUGUGCCACCGCCCGCUCCAUGUCCAAGGAUGAUGCAGAUGCCUGGUUCGACGAGUACAUGGCUAACUGCGACGGC